AUGCUUGCUGCAGGAUACGUGUACGGGAUUUUGUGUGCGGGACAAGACCUGACAAGUCUUCCGUUUCGCCACUCGCAGGACGAUGCUCACAUCCCAGUUACCGCCGAGUCCUCACGAGCUGCACACCUCUUUCCCGCCCCACAGCCUCGUGCUGUCCUGAAGGGGGAAUUCAGCACCGGGACAGCUCCACGCGUCUCACCGCAACAUGGCGUCCGAGGAGCUUCAUUAGCUACUGAGUUCCAUAAUCUCGAGGAGGUGUGUGUGAGCGCUUCGCUGGCUACUAAGGUCUUCAUCCAGAGAGACUACAGUGACGGCACCAGCUGCAGGUUCCACACCAAGUUCCCCUCAGAACUCGACGGCAGGAUAGAGCGCCAUCUGCUGGAGGAGAUGGUGAAGACUCUGAAUGGCUACUACAGGGAGGCGGAGCGAACCACAGGCCACGCCUACCUGGAGGGCUGUCUAGCCUGCGCAACCGCCUACAUCAUAUACCUUUGUCUCGACACACGCUACGAGAAGGUCCUGAAGAAGAUCUCAGCGUAUAUCCAGGAGCAGAACGAGAAGAUUUUCGCUCCCCGUGGCCUUCUCAUCACCGACCCCAUCGAGAGAGGCAUGAGGGUCAUUGAGAUCAGUGUCUUUGAGGAUGGAGGGUCCAGUAGCUCCAGCAGCUGCAGUGGCAGCGUGAGUCCUGCGGGGGGCAGUGUGCGGUGA